AUGCGAGGAUAUACAGCUCUUCUGGCUCUUGCCAGUCUUUCCUUUGCUCCAUGUCAAGCUGCAGAUACUGCCACAGAUAUGGGCCCAGCGGCCUUUCUGUGGCCUCCUGAUCGGGCUUGGUCGAGCGCUGCUGAUAAUACCGCUCCAUGCGGGUCAAACGCAGAUAUUGGCAACCGGACAGAAUUCCCUCUCACCAAUGGCGAGGUAUCAUUGGUCCUGCAGGACGAGUCUUACAAUGUCAACCUUGCCAUCUCCUACCACAGCAAUCCAACUUCGAACAGUGACUUCGUAACCGAUGUCUCAGGCAGCAAUUUCCCAGAACUCUACCCAGGACACGAAUGUUACUCCAUUCCAAACGCACCCUCAAAUACAUCCUCGGGUGACAACGCCACGCUACAGCUGAAGUACCAGUCCACAUUCGACACCGACACGAACCAAACUUACUAUGCUUGCGCGGACAUAACAUAUGUCGCGCUGGCUGAUUUUACGACCGACGUUCUCUGCUUCAAUGUAUCGGUUGCUACAUCAACUGCUACUGCCACAGCUACGAGCACCAGCACAGCCAAGUCUGGAGGGCUGUCUGGGGGGCAAAUUGCUGGUAUUGUUGUCGGAUGUGUUGUGGGUGCUGCUUUGAUCGCAGGUGGUUUGUUCCUCUUGUGGGGUCGACACCAGCGCAAGGUUCAGCGGGAUAAGGUUGUUGCUGUUAGAAUGGGUGACUGGGGGAAUAAUGCGCAGAAGACGGUGUCGGGUGAGGAGAGCCAGUCGCAGGCUUAG